GUCAAAGUGAUUUGAUUUUUCUUGUUUCUUUCAGUGACCGACGUUUAGCAGCAGAUCAUUUUAGAGGCAAACUUCAUUUAGGCUAUAUGCAAAUCCUUGAUAAAUUAGCAGAACUUGAGGAAUAGAGAAACAAGAGCUGCAAACUUGACCGGUAUGAUGACAGGAAGUAAUCCUUGCGUGGUUUCUUUUCCUUUUUCCUUUUGGUAAACCAUUGGGUGGUGAGGGGGGUGUUGUGAUAUCUAUUUUAUUGGUGGUGUAUAGAUCAAAAGAAAGAAGCAAAGAUCCUGAGAGAGAAUUAAGUCAGGACCAGACCGAGGGAAUAGCCAUGAUCGAGGGAGGGAUUAUGAUUGUAGAAGCAGAGAUUGUGACAGGUAUAGUGAUCAAGAUCAUGAUAGGGAUUAUGAGCACUCUUGGACUUAUGAUUCUAAAAGUUGCCACAGGUCACGUUCAAGGUCUAGGGAAUGCUCCAGGGAUCAUGAUCACCACAGGGAUGGCAUUCCUUUAGUACCUAAUUAUAUUAUGACUUGUUAGUUAUUGGUUGGAUUUGAAUCUCGACCUUCACCUCAAAACCAAGUGAUAGAUAUUUGCCUUCCUUAUUUUUCUUGCUUUUUGUUUUGUUCCUGAAGCCUUUAAAGUUUUCUCUGCUGAUAAGUAUCAUUCUUGAACUUUACUCAUUGUUUUUAAUCACCGACACUAGAUGCAUGAAUGUCGCCAAGAAGAAAAUCAAUACGAAACUGUUCUUGCUUAGGUAAGCUGACUUAUAUAGGGGAGUAGCAUUCCUCAGUUUAGUUAUUUGAUAGUUUGUCUUGUGGUUGUAUCAACAUGUUUAAGAGGGUAUUUGUUGUUUUUUUGUACCCAGGGACUAGGGAUUGAAUCCUAAACUUGUGGUUAAGAUUACAAAUAAUUUUAUUACUAAACC